AUUAAAAUAUAACACAAUGACUACCGACGUUAGGGAUAUUUUGGACAUUGAACGUCCUGCAACACCGGAAAUAACCAGAGAUUCAUUUUUGGCCACCAAAAAGAGGAACUUUGAAAAAGCUAAAGGUACUUCCAAACGUCCGGAGGGCAUGAAUCGUGAAGUAUUUGCGCUGCUCUACAAUGAUAACAAAGAUGCACCGCCGUUGUUGCCCACCGAUACUGCAUUGGGUAUUGGUUCGGGUUAUAAACAAGUUAAGGCACGUUUGGGCAUGAAGAAGGUACGCAAAUGGGAAUGGGCACCAUUUUCAAAUCCAGCAAGAACGGAUGGAGCCGUGUUUCAUCAUUGGCGUAGAAUAAGUGAUGAGCAGAAGGAUAUGCCAUAUCCAUUUGCCAAGUUUAACAAGCAAUUGGAAAUUCCGCAAUAUACCAUAGCGGAAUAUAAUCAGCAUUUGCAGACUAACACACAGAAAUGGUCAAAGGAGCAGACAGAUCAUUUGUUUGAUUUGGCAAAAAGGUUUGAUCUACGCUUCAUCAUUAUGGCCGAUCGAUGGGAUCGUGUUCAGUUUGGCCUGAAAAGUGUUGAAGAUCUCAAAGAACGUUAUUACGAAGUAAUUGGCAUACUUUCAAAAAUAAAGGGACAAAAUGGCAACAAUGGUGGAAGUGGUGGUGCUCCUGCUGCUGGUGGCGGUGAUAAGAAACCUUUCGUCUUUGACAUAGAACAUGAACGCCGCCGCAAAGAUCAAUUGAAGAAACUAUUUGAACGUACCAGUCAACAGGUGAAAGAGGAGCAAAACUUAUUGAAUGAAUUGCGUAAAAUUGAGGCACGUAAAAAGGAACGUGAGCGUAAGACACAAGAUUUGCAAAAACUCAUUUCACAAGCCGAUCAACAGGGUGAUGCUGCUACAAAUGCCCAAAAUGCCCGUAAAUAUGAAAAGAAAUUGCACAAGAAGAAAAUGCAUCAUCAACCCAGACCGUCGAAGGUGGAUUCAGUGGUCAAUGCCAUUGAAGUGGGUACUAGUGGUAUUAAAUUUGCUGAUUUACGCGGCUCCGGAGUGUCACUGAGAUCACAAAAAAUGAAGCUACCAGCUAACAUUGGACAGCGUAAGGUAAAAGCCUUGGAACAGGCCAUACAAGAAUUUAAAGUGGAUCCCGCUCCCCCACCCACUGAGGAGAUAUGUAAUGCAUUUAAUGAAUUACGUUCAGAUAUGGUAUUAUUGUGUGAAUUACGCACUGCCUUAUCUACAUGCAUUUAUGAAAUGGAAAGCCUUAAGCAUCAAUAUGAGGCAGCAUGUCCGGGAAAGACUCUUAAUAUACCUGCUUCGCUAAUACCUUCAACAUUACAAGUAAAAUCUGAAUCAACCGACAAUUUAGCUGGCCUGACAAAUAGUAGUUCAUGAAGAACUCUUUUUAGGCCACAGC